AUGGACAAGAAGCACGACGCUGGGGACGUCGAGGCUGCCAAGCAGGCGCCGCCUCGCCGCGGUGGAUGCGUCCGGAGGGGUCUGCUAGGCUGCAGAGACUUCUGGACGGGCGUGACGGUGAUCCCGACCUUCGUGAUGGUGUUGAUCGGCCUGCUGGUGUUCGGCCUCGUCAUGGAGUCGCACAUUCUCGCGUACUUGCCCGAGGUCGCCGUCCUCAAUGGCAUUGAGGAGGAAGUUUGCUCGCCCAGGGUGUUGAAUAUGAGCAGCAUCGAGUAUCACUCGGGUCACCGGUACUACGCGGCGCUCAAGGAGAUGGAUCCCCCGAAGCCGCUGACGUUUCGUGGCAAGCACACGGAGCUCUGCAAGGAGGACAAGAGAGCCAAGAUGAAGUACGGCUACUGCCUGCCGAUCUCCGGCCGGAAGGACACACCGUUCUGCACUGCCGGCGACCGCACGGAUCUGCUCAGUGUUCGCUCUCCCAAGUCCGUCUGCUACGCGAGUGUGCUGCACAUGCUGCUGGUGGAGGUGUACGAGGAGCUGAAGGCGUCGGGGAACACGCCGUUGAUCACGUUCGGCUCGCUAUUAGGUGCUGUUCGGAACGGGUCAAUGAUCCCGUUUACUGAAGACACGGACAUUGGCGUCGUUGAGAGGAUCCGCACGAGGACCGCAGUGCGGGAGGCGCUCUGGAAGAAGGGCUAUCACAUGUUCUUCCUCACUAUUUGGCGGGUGUGCGUGGCGCCUACGCAUCCGCUGGCAGCGCGUUUGUACGACCCAGAGAUGCCUCUGGCCAAGAAUUACGCCGUGCCCUACGUGGACUUGUACAAGAUGAAGAAGCGAGUCGAUGGGGGCUGGGAUAUCCAAGAGCUCCAGGGCAGCAACGGCCGUCUCGUGCCUGGAGACAAAAUGGAGCCCUUCUCGCAGGUGACGAUCAACGGGAUGCCGUUCGACACGGUUCAUGACCCGGACUUCUUCCUGAGGGAGGCCUAUGGCCCCAAUUACAUGACACCAAAGCAGCGAAUGACACCCGGAGUUAUUACGAAAGACUUGGUGAAGGAAAUGUUCAAGAAGCUUGCACUCAGGGCCAAGGGCGGCACACCAUAG